CCUGCUUUCUUUCCCGUUCUCUCACUUCGAGGAAGAAUUUGUUUUUCUCUCUUGCUCCGAAGUUUUGUUAGAUAUGUGAACUCGACUCGGAUCUCCGGCAUUGACUCAUAAUCUACAGUAACUAACACCCCAUGAAUUUCUCAGGUUCAUCUCUUCAAAUGGACCUUACAAUCGGUGUCUUCCACGGAGGAAAGGUCAAGAUUGGACCAAAGCAUUGAAAUUUUGAGCUUGGCUGAUCAUCUGGAGCAAUCACACUCGGUAAUUUUGUUCCUGUUGACAUUUUUUUCCUGCAGCAGUUAAGAGCCAAAGCGAGAAGAGUUCCUGGGGGUCUAAAGCAGGAGAAUGGAGGUGGGAGAAUCAAGCAGAAAGGAGGUUUCCUGGAUCCCCAUCACCCCUCUGAAGCCCAUUCUUACAAGAACAGAGCCGAUCUGUGCUGAUGGGGAGGGAAAUCAGCUGAGCCAAACAAAUUUCUUGGAGACUAGUUUAUGUGCUUCACCUCAUGCCAGUUAUGCUGAUAGUGCAGUUGCAUGUGCUCAUUCAUCAUCUGGUACAGGAUUACACAUGAAGAUGCAGGACCGGGUAGAAUCUACUUCUGCAGUAACAAGCAUUGGGAGUGACAGUGCUGGAACUUGUGCAAAGCCCACUGCUGGUGUUGUUUCAGGCUUGGAAGGCAUGCGCUUUGCCGAUCUCUUGGCUCUGGCAGAUGCUGCGUCUGAACACUUCAGAGGGAUCCAUCCAGGCACUAAUAAUGAAGGGAAGAAUCCACUCCUUCCUGAUUCCAAGUCACAAAGAGACCCUCUACCGAAUCCCGCCAGUGUGUUACCGAGCCACCACAAUGUCUCUCUUGAGCAAACCCCGGUCAAUAUCAUUAAUUGCAUUCCCCAAGAACCCCAAGGCUCAUCAUCGAUUGCAUCUCAGACAAGCACCUGCUUUGGUUGCCGUGGGAAAACCAUUUUACACUUUGCACCUCCCACGCCAGACAAAGAAAUCAGAGGAAGCAGACAAGUUGUUGGAAUGCAGAUUAAUGUGGAAUUGGAGAAAAAUGUCCCAAGCACUAACAGUGAAACACCAGAUAACCGAGAACUAUCUGAAGCUGUCAUGGAAUCAUCAUUGGCUGCUGUUUCUACACCAUUAAAGGAGAAUCACAACCCUGACAAGGGAGGCAGCCAUGAUGUUGAUCUGAAUCAAACACCAACACCAAAACAAAGGAGGAGAAAACAUCGACCCAAGGUCAUCACAGAAGGCAAACCAAAGAAUACUAGAAAGCCAGUUACCCCAAAGCCUGCUCAAUCAAAAGAAAACCCAACUGGUAAGAGGAAGUACGUGAGAAAGAAAGGAAUAAACACAGCUUCUACAACACCUCCAGCAGAAGUAACAGGAGAAUCAACUGAGUCUAUCUUGCCUGGAACUACUAAAAAGUCAUGUAGAAGGUCCUUGAAUUUUGAAUUAAUAGAGCAACCAGGAGAUGAAUCCACCGUGCCAACAGAAAAUGUGACUCUGCAUAUUGGCAGAGGGAUAGAUGUAUUGGGAGAAACACAUGCAGCCCCAAGUACAUCUCUCUCAAAUAUCAGUACUUCUGGGGCUAUACCAAAUGCCAACUCGACAAGGAACCACAAAAGAAAACGUGUGGCAAUGACCGCACAGGAUGGACAUGAAAAGGCUGAUACACAAUCAAGUCAAGAUGGUGCCAACAGCAGUAAGACUGGAAAUCUGACCACGGGAUUACAUAUCGGUAGUACCAAAAGAAAACACUUCACUACUACUGACCAUGCAGAUAUCAGCCACAUGAAUCUGAUUGGGUUGCAUUAUAAUGGAUUGCGUGCAUACCAGAGGUGCUGGGUUCAAUUUCCUGAUGUUCAGAAGAAAAGGAGAAGUGAGAAGGUAUCAACGUCUAGUACUACAUCAAGCACAUCUUUGAGUCCCACAAAGGAUCCAUGGUUUGCGACUUGUCCCCAUGAUCUUUAUGCAUCAAGUUCCCAGUGCUUGAUUUCUUGUGAAUAUAAUGCAGUAAAAAACCCAGUCACAUUUGAAGCGACAGAUAGAGCUACUCAUGAUAGAUGUCAAGCAUUUGAAGGCCUCUUAUCUUUCAGUCAGACAAGGCCAACUAGAAGAAGAUCCAAAACCCCAAGUAGAUUUCGUGAUUUUGCUUCACUAACCACUACUAGAAAUUGUAAUAUCCUCCCAAAUCAUUUCACUAGAAAACCAAGCAAUUCUGACAUGCAAAUACUUGUGGAUGGAGAAAGACCUAUUACAAGCAUUGAUACUUUGGUUGCAGAGAAGAUGCAUGCAUUACUCAAGAAAAAACGGACAACGAGGAAAAACAGAAAAAAAAUUGUCAUUUCAACAUAUGCUAGCACAAAUCAAAUGCAUCAUGAAUCUCUAUUGAAUGGUUACCAGCCGUCAUGGACCAUGCCAUUAGAUGCUGCUCAUCAAAAGCCAUGGAGUAACAUGCAGAUAAUGGAAGCAUUGACAGAGAAAUUUAGAUGCCUAGACAUAAAUAUCAGAGGAACUUCAUCACAUGAGCAAAAGGCCCUAAUCCCUUACAAACGGAAAAGUCAAAAGGACAAGAUCCCUCAAGGAGAUGGUGCCAUCAUUCCCUACGAGGGGUCAUUCGAUCCCAUCAGAAAAAGAUUGCCACGACCUAAAGUUGAUCUUGAUGAGGAGACUGAUAAAGUGUGGAAGCUUUUGAUGUUAGAUAUAAAUAGUCAUGGGAUUGAUGGAACAGAUGAAGAAAAGGCCAAACGGUGGGAAGAAGAUCGUAGAGUAUUCCGUGGACGAGCAGACUCAUUUAUUGCCCGAAUGCAUCUGGUACAAGGUGAUAGGCGCUUUUCUCAAUGGAAAGGAUCAGUUCUGGAUUCUGUCAUUGGAGUUUUCCUCACUCAGAAUGUCUCAGACCAUCUUUCCAGUUCUGCAUUCAUGUCACUUGCCGCUCGAUUUCCUCUAAAAGCAAGCAAUGAAUGCAAAAUAUACCAUGAGGAAAGCAGAGACUUGGUAGUUGACGAACCACAGCCCCUCAUCAUUGAACCAAAGGAGGAUGCAAACUGGGAUGACAAGAUAUUGAAUCAACCAGUUUAUUGUCAGGGUUCCCUGAUGAAAGACAUCACUGGGCAUUCUGAAGGAAAAGAAGCACUCAACAUCAAUGAUUCCCCAGGAACUACCAGCAUCAUAACUAGCUUAGAAGAUGAUUCAAACUUAUUGCUGCUUAAAUCAAAUGAAGGCAACACUAGGGAACACUACGGUUCAAUGAGCAAACCCACUGGCACCAUCAUCACCCAGGAAGGGCGGGAAAAACCAUGUUAUGGGGAGACUAGGAGAGAGUUAACUGACAUAGUUUCAUCGCAAUGCUCUGUCAUUUCAUCUCAAAUAUCAGGAGGUUUUUCAGUUGAUCAAAAUUCCGAGAAAAUAGGGUCAUGCUCAGAUAGCAACUCAGAAGCAGAGGACCUAUCAAGCAUAGCCAAGCAUAAUAUUAUGGACAACAGCACUUGUUUCAGCAAGCUUUUAGAAAUAGCAACUUCUACCAAGUUGUAUGAACCUAAUAGCCUGAGAACCAAGUCACCUGAGAACCCUAAGAAGGCAUUUGAUCUAUCUAUUGGUAUGAAGCAUGACAAACCAUUAGAAGACUUGGAAAAAUCAGAUGUCAUUCAAACCUCGAUGGAAGAAUCCACAACCCCUUUGAGCAACUCAGGAUUACUUGAACCUCACAGCUUUGGUUCUUUCAAAAUGGAAGCACCCUCAAGUGGCUUCUCAAAUAAUAAAGAUGAGAAUGAUAUGGACAAAUCAAGUGCGCAAGCAAGAGAGUCCAAAAGUCAAGCUGCAAUUUCACCAUCUGAAAGCAUGCCAUCUCACCUUCACAAACAAAGCAAUGUAAUGCAGCAGAUCUUUUUGCAAAGUUCUGCAAAGACUCAAGAUCUCAUGCAGAAAGCAACAGAAUCAAAUUCUGGAGACCAAAACUAUGUUGUGAUGAAUCAAAGCACAGAGAUAAAUGCUGCCCCGAUAAAACCAAAGGGCAGGAAGCCUGCAAAGGACAAAAAGAAAGAAGUGGACUGGGAUAAUUUACGGAUACAGGCACAACUAAAGGAAGGGAAAAGAGAAAAGACAGCAAAUACCAUGGAUUCUUUAGAUUGGGAUGCUGUAAGAUGUGCAAAUGUCAAUGAAAUUGCUGGUGCCAUUAAAGAACGAGGAAUGAACAACAUGCUUGCUGAGCGUAUAAAGAAUUUCCUAAAUCGACUGGUUGAAGAACAUGGAAGCCUUGAUCUUGAGUGGUUGAGGGAUGUUCCGCCUGAUCGAGCAAAAGAAUACUUACUAAGCAUAAGAGGAUUGGGGUUGAAAAGUGUGGAAUGUGUGCGACUCUUGACACUGCACCACCUUGCUUUCCCGGUGGACACAAAUGUUGGGCGUAUAGCAGUAAGGCUGGGAUGGGUACCCCUCCAGCCACUGCCAGAGUCAUUGCAGUUGCAUCUACUUGAAUUGUACCCAGUGUUGGAAUCCAUACAAAAAUAUCUCUGGCCCCGACUUUGCAAGCUAGAUCAAAGAACAUUGUAUGAGCUACAUUACCAGAUGAUUACAUUUGGAAAGGUCUUCUGUACAAAAAGCAAACCAAAUUGCAAUGCAUGUCCAAUGAGAGGAGAAUGUAGACACUUUGCAAGUGCAUUUGCAAGUGCAAGGCUUGCCCUGCCAGGACCAGAGGAGAGAAGUAUAGUCAGCACAGCUGGAAACAAUGGAUCUGAUCAAAACCCAUCUGUGAUUAUUGGUCAGUCACCCUUGCCUCUCCCUGAAAACACAACUCCGGUUGAAGAAAAUGAACAAAGGCAACUGCUAGCAAAAUCUGGAAUUGUCACCUGCGAACCCAUCAUUGAAGAACCAGCAACACCUGAAACAGAAUACACACAAACAUUAGAAAAUGAUAUAGAGGAUGCAUUCUAUGAAGAUACUUGUGAAAUUCCUACUAUCAAACUUAACAUUGAAGAGUUCACUCUUAAUUUACAAAAUUAUAUGCAAAAAAACAUGGAACUUCAAGAUGGAAUGUCAAAGGCCUUGGUUGCUUUGACUCCAGAAGCAGCUUCUAUUCCUACACCCAAGCUAAAGAAUGUGAGCCGACUACGAACAGAGCACCAUGUUUAUGAACUCCCAGAUUCACAUCCUCUUCUGGAAGGGUGGGACAAGCGAGAACCUGAUGAUCCAUGCAAAUACCUUCUUGCCAUAUGGACUCCAGGUGAGACAGCAAAUUCUAUACAGCCACCAGAAAGCAGAUGCAGCUUCCAAGAAGAUGGCCAACUGUGUAAUGAGAAUGAAUGUUUCUCAUGCAACAGUAUUCGUGAAGCUAAUUCACAGAUAGUGCGAGGGACAAUCCUGAUACCAUGUCGAACAGCCAUGCGAGGGAGCUUUCCCCUAAAUGGCACCUAUUUUCAAGUCAAUGAGGUAUUUGCUGACCAUGACACAAGUCUGAUCCCAAUUAAUGUUCCCCGAAGUUUGAUUUGGCAUCUUAAUAGGCGGACAGUUUAUUUUGGAACAUCCAUUCCAUCAAUAUUCAAAGGUUUAUCAACACAAGAAAUUCAGCAAUGCUUUUGGAGAGGUUAGCAUUUUGUGGACAUAUAAUUACACAAAUGGAAGGAAAGAAAACGAGUAAAGAGACUUUGACAUGGUCAUGACAACUCAAACAACAAGUGCACAAAUCCUCGAGAUAAAAAUAUGAGCUCCCCCACAGACACUACCUGAUGAUUUGGUGAUGUAUUACACCCAACAUUUGUGGCCUAUCGGUAAACCCUUGUUAGUUUAUAUCUAAAUUUGCUUCCAUGGCAAGAGAGAAGUAACAUCUAAGCAGACAAGAUGAAACGAAUUACCUGUCAAACAAACCGCAACCAGAACUAUUUUCACAAAUAAGCUUAACCCAAUCCUCAACCCACUUCAGUAAAGUUUCAAAAGGCAAAAGAUAAAGCAUGAAAACACGUGGAAAAGAGAACAGUUUAGGAAUCACAAUGAAGCCACACUUUUGAAAGUAAGACUUAACGUUACAGAUCCCAGAAAAAGGUAAUAAUUGAGCACAUUAUAAAAACCGUUCAAAUUUGAAAGAGUGUAUGCUUCUGAGUGACAGAGAAAUAUUUCAGUGCAAGUUGAUCACAAUUUUAAUUACUUUUUCACCUUCAUGAUGCUUGAGAAACGCAUGCAAUAUAUCACAAUUCCUAAAUGCUUAAAUAAAUAGGGUAUAACAUAGAGGCAUCAACUCCUUUGAAUUGUUGGUUAAAAGAAAACACAGAAAGAUUGUGGACUUUAUCUCAUGUGGUUUAUCACCAAGUGAAGUCCAUGUCACAACUAAUACACAUUACUACGAAAGCCUUACAACCAUAUAUUUUCCUAAAUAAGAACUAACUGAAACCCUUGAUAGCUAGCAUGAGGAUCCUAUGCUCUGUGUGCAGCGUCAUUUUUCUUUCAUAAUGCACCAUAAAUCUAUGCAAGAGUAAGAUGUAUAAUGUUUUAUAUGUAUACUUCCUGGUUCGAUAAGAAAAAUGCACAGUUCACUGUAGUUUUCUUACCAAAAAUUUCAUCUUGAGCUAAUUUUCUUUGCAGACCGUAUCCAUAUGAAACAAAGAUCUUACUAACGCAUAAAUGUGGUGCAGUUUUAACAAAUGGCUGUGCACAAGAUUGUUCUGUGUGUGUCCUGUGUGUACGGGGGAGAAUCCUUAUUCUAAUAUCUAUUCUCUCUCACCA